GCUGCUGGCAGCAUCACAGAUCUUCAAACUCUGGAAUAAGUGUAUAAUGGUGACCAGGCGACCUUGAUCCUAAUAGGAUCCUAAUGGUGAUCGACCAGGCGACCUUGAACCAGAAGCAAGAUAUCCGACAGGCAAGGUAUUGCUGGUUCUUUCUUUUUUUUAAAAAAAAAUUGUUAUAUAUACAAUGGGCCACUACUAGGUAGAUGGACCGGACGAACAAAUAAUUGAAGAUCUUGUAUUAGAAGAGAAGGCACAGCAUGAUGUAGUACGCGUUGGCGUAGUGGUGCCGCCCACGUCGCUGCAACUGUCUCCCCCACCGCGUAUGAGUAGUGUAGUAUGAGCAGCAGAUCAGAGAGGCAUGGAUCCCCAACAACCUACCUAGCUUCGUGCUGCGACUCGGUCUCCAUCAAGUCUCAACCAACUGCUCGCUCCCAUCGAUCCGUCUCUCUCGCGCGUCGUGGUGGACUCGCGCGGGAUGCAGGGCGGCGCCGUUGACGACGACGAGGGGGCCCUCGCCGCCGGGGAGCAGAACCAACAGCAGCAGGCGAUGGAGAUCGGGUGGCCGACGGACGUCCGUCACGUGGCGCACGUGACGUUCGACCGGUUCCACGGGUUCCGCGGCGUUCCCGAGGAGCUGCAGCGCGAGGUGGAGGGGCGGCCGCCGAGCGCGAGCGCGACGGUGUUCGGCGUGUCGACGGAGUCGAUGCAGUGCUCCUACGACGGCAGGGGGAACAGCGUCCCCACCAUCCUCCUCCACCUGCAGCGCCGCCUCUACGACCAGGGCGGCCUCGCCGCGGAGGGCAUCUUCAGGAUCACCGCCGACGGAGCCCAGGAGCAGCGCGCGAGGGACCAGCUCAACAACUCCGGCGUCGUGCCGGACGGCGUCGACGUGCAUUGCCUGGCAGGGCUCAUCAAGGUAUGUAUCCAUCUCCAUAUAUGUAUACAUGUAUGUAUAUAUAUAAAUAUAUGCAUCGCACCAUCGCAGGCGUGGUUCCGGGAGCUCCCCGGCGGGGUGCUGGACUCGCUGCCGGCGGACGAGGUGGCUCGGUGCGAGACGGAGGACGACUGCGCCCGCCUCUGCGCCAGGCUGCUGCCGCCGCCCAAGGGCGCCCUCCUGGACUGGGCCGUCCACCUCAUGGCCGACGUCGCGAGGGAGGAGAAGGCCAACAAGAUGGGCACGCGCAACCUCGCCAUGGUCUUCGCGCCAAACAUGACGCAGGCCGUGGAUCCCCUGACGGCGCUCAAGCACGCGGUGCAAGUGAUGAACUUCCUCAACAUGCUCAUCGAGAGGGCGCUCAAGCAGCAACCAUCACCAUCAUCAGCUGGCUCAUCUACCAAGGCUGCUCCAUGAUGACAAUCCAAGAACACCCAACAUGGCAUCAUCUAUCGUUGAAUGGAAUGGAAUGAAAUGAAAUCUACUACUACUAGUAGCUAAGCAAAGUGCGUGCAUGCAGUUGUGUGAUGAUGAUGAUAUAGGACGACUUCGGUUAAUAUAAUUAGGCAAUUGGAGUAGAUGUCUUGUUUCAUUCAUUCAUGUACUUACUGCUAGUAUUGCUUGGCGUGUGAAUUAUUCAAGCUGACUCGUGCCUGACCACCGUACCCCUAGGUGUUGGUGCGAUGGAUAUCGUCACACCAUUCCUGUUUAA